AUGGCUCGGUCAGCCGUCCUGUCACGGAGUUGCCUGAGUGCCGGGCAUCCUGUCGGGGGCUCCUCUCCUCGGGUCCCAGAGACACUUGUGGGGCGGCCUCCUGUCAGGGGCUUCCAGGUCAGUUGCAGUCGCCUGUGGUCCUGGCUCGGAUUCAGGAGUAUUGCUAAGUCUUACUUCAGAAGAGCAGGUGGUGUUUUGCUGCUGUAUGACGUUACGUGUGAGACAAGCUUUCUCAAUGUACGAGAAUGGGAAGAUACGGUUGAGGCUGCAGCCCAUGAGAGCAUUUCGAUCGUGUUGGUAGGAAACAAGGCUGAUCUUCAUGACGCUGCUGAAGCAGAGGGACAAAAACAUGUCCCAGGGUACCUUGGAGAAAAACUGGCCAUGACCUAUGGGGCAUUAUUUUGUAAAACAAACGCCAAAGAUGGUUCGAAUAUAGUGGAAGCUGUUUUCCAUCUCUCCCGGUAA